AUGUCUCGGAUGACUGUCAGAGUCCGAACAGGUGGGUCCGACCUGUUUGUAACUUUGUUUGCCAUUCCUGGGAUCAAAAUGCCGCUACUGCAAAAAGAGUGCGCAAAAACGGCGUUUUGACGGAUGGAUGUCAGGCAGUCUCUCGCUCUUCUGUGCUCUCUUUUCGGAUUCUCCGCGAACUAUUUUUUGCUCUUUUGCAGUCGACUCCGCCCCCUUUUACUCUCGUUGAUUCGGGUCCUCGCUUGUCUUCUGAAUUUCAUGUUUUGGCCACCGAAUGCGGCCCCUUUUCCAUACGGUAUCAAUGACUUAAUUCCGUUUACAUAAACUUGACCCUUGCGUUUUACGACUGCGCUAAUGAUAAGACCGACAUGUGUGAUGUGGACGUGUGUCACUGCUUGUUAGAUUUGCCAUUAAAGUUUAUUUUUGCUUUGAUUUCAGUGAUGGAUGAGGUCGUCUUUGUAGAGAACCCAGAAUCCACAUAUGUUGUCAGAUCAAGGCCAGCGUUUUUAUCAUGUAAAGCGUUGAAUGCAAAUGUCAUCAGAUUCCAAUGCAACUCCAAGUGGGUAAGUUUCUGCGUCUAUGAUUUUUUUAAAAACUUACUUUAGAUCCCAGAGGAUCGUCUAGAAGUCCAAACAGGUACAGAUGCCGAGAAUCAGAAGCCAUUUCGAAGAGUUACUCUUGAAUUAAAUCGCCAGGAUAUUGAGAAUGCAUUAAAUGAAUCGGAAUCUUUUUCUUGUCAAUGCUUUGCUUCCAGAAGUGAUGCCCAUGAACUUGUCAUCCGAUCAGCGACAGCUCGAGUUCGGUUGGCUUGUAAGUUCCUUUUUCCAUUUUGCCCUUGGGGUUUAUGACUUUUUGCAACGCGCCCUUUACCGCGGCCCGAUCAGCUGAUCAGCAGUGAUUUAUUUCUGACCUGUGGCUUCGUUUUAUAUUUAUUUAUACUGGCUGACAUUCGUUUAUCCGCUCUGAGUCAUUCGAUUGCCUGAGGGGAAGUUUAAAGUGAUUUCCUUUGGUUUGUUUUGACUUUGGACAUGAGAAGAUUGAUUGGAGGUUCUGAUGACCGUAGAUAUCCCUACAACUCUGCUCAGCUUUUGUGUAAAACAUUGCGGUCCUUUCAUAUUUGCAUAAUCCUAUAUUCCCUCGGGCCAUCCAUUACUGCUGUAAUCCUUGUCUCUCUCUCUUCUGUACACAAUUUGUCGGAAGAGAAUUAAUUGGUAUCUUCAUCAUCGUAUGUUUUGUUUACAGCGCCAUUAUUCCGGAUGUUUAAUCCGAAUGACCCAAUUGUGCGUAAUUAGAGAAUGACUGGGACACAUAACUUGGCCAAGGGGAGGGGGCGCUUAUCGGCAUCGGAAAUCGACUCAAACCCGCGCCAAACGAAUUGCGCAAGCCCAAAAAAGUGAGGUCCCUGGACGCGCAUUUUUUGUCUCCAAAAACAUUUCAAAUGAAUCGCCCUCAGGCCUUUUAAGCCCUCGGGGAACGUUUUUUCCGAGGAAUUGCUUUUUGAUUGGGACACAAUGCCUGUGGCCAGAUCCCUAUCAAUCCCGAACUUCUGACUCAACGCACUUAACGGCCAUUGCAACCGGAUUCUUGACCAUCUGGCCUAAAACAAACAAAGUCUUCGAGAGCUUGACGUUCACCUCCACUUCGAACAUGAGAGUAUAACAGACAGCCAUUAUCUGUUCUCGGCAUACGUUAUAAAAAUAGCACUGACAGUUUUACAGUAAUCUCGGUGCGUGUUCUAAACGAAUACAACACCCGAGGCGGCGGCGAUGUUUUGAUGCCAAAUGCAACACGAAACAGAGAGAGAUGACAUUAUGGCUUCUUAUUGGCCUCGGGCAUAAAUCACCGCCAUUUCCUGUUUUGGGUUCGCCGCCAGGCCUGGGAAAGUGCGGAUCACGCCCUUUCCUUUCCUCGUCUUCCAUGCUCGCGCUCAGAAUCAGAAUUCGAUUCAAUUUUGCGCUAAUGACCCCCGCCUCCUUCCCUUUCCCCCAGCGACAUUGAGUCAAGGUACUUGAGACUUCCGCCGCCCUCUGACUGCCGCAUUAACAAACUUUGCGCCGAACCACUUGAGGAAUCUGCGCGAGAAAUUCUGUUUUGACAUAAACAGAGCCCGAACUCUAAUUGGACACAGUUGCACUCAUACCCGAACACACAAGAAAUUGCACAACAACAGUAAUUGUAAACAUUUCAGACAUCCGAAAACAUUUCUACCAAACGCCGGUAUCAGACAAAGUGCCGGAGGGCAGAACAAUCCAACUUCCGUGUGUUCCGCCAGAUGGGGAGCCCAAAGUCGAGGUAUUACAUAAUGGAUCCUUUCAUGAGAUAAUUACAUGUUAUGUUGAAUUUCUUGUAAUUACAUUCCGUUUCAGGUGUAUUGGUUAAAAGAUGGGCAUGAUAUGAAUGCAGAUCAUGACUCUAAUCUGAUAUUAGCCAACGAUGGAUCGCUGAUUAUCUCUUCGACUCGACUUUCGGACUCCGGAAAUUAUACUUGUGAGGCCCGAAACUUGGCCAACCGCCGAAUGACAGAGCCCGCGGAGAUUGUCGUUUUUGGUAAGAGUAAUACUAAGAGUAAUGGUGGCAGUAAAAGAUGAACGUAGAUUAAGAGAUUGACCCGGAGAUAAGAGGAGUUUUGGCCAAGUUGUGGUCACUUCUGCUAAUCCUGGGCCAAUCGAGGUCAUCAGUCUUUUUUUGGCGGGUAAUUGAAGGCCUGUUGAGGAACGGGAAACCUUUUUUUAAGAACUGUGGAUUAUAAGCCGCCCAAUUAUAACGGCCUAUUUGAGUUUCUUGGCAUCUGUCGGACAUGGGUGAAGGCGGCUUAGAAGUAAAGGGACACUAACUCCCGAAGUUCGCGACGGUUUUUCCGAUUGCGCAACCACAAUGGGGUUUUAUUUGUUCGUGAAAAAGUUUCCGCAAAGACACCGACACAUGCUUGCGCAAUCCAAACUCACUGAAUUGAGGAUCGGAAACAUAAAUGACUCUCUGAAACCAAGAAUAACACAAUGAAUAAUCUGAAUUUUAGUGGAUGGUAACUGGUCACCAUGGUCGUCGUGGCAAGGUCAAUGCACUAUCAAUUGUCCUCUUCUGAUCACCCACAUCGACAUGAGUAGAGGCGAUGAACAAGCGUUGCAACAGAUCAUUCCAUCUCAGCGACGGACUCGGGUUUGCAAUAAUCCAGCCCCGAUUAAUGGCGGGAGGAGAUGUUCAGGACCGGAAGAAGAGUUCCGGGCAUGUCCUCAUGACUGUAAAAUAAAUGGUGAGCGCGCGAGUGAAAUUAAUUAUUACCGAAGACGGAGGGACCUUUCUUUGGUUGCGCAAUCUGUUUAUAAGAUCACAACCCAAUUUGAAUACGAAAAAAUUAAAAAUAAUAUAAAAGUACUGCAGGCUCAUGGUCGAAAUGGGCACCUUGGUCAGAGUGUAACAGCCAAUGCCAAAGGAUACGAAACCGCCAUUGCACAGCUCCAGAACCAACAAAUGGGGGUGCUGACUGUAAAGGAAAGAGUACAGAGAAUGUAAAUUGCACAGAAGGAAUCCUCCCCUUGCACUGUCAACCUGGAAGUACUUUUUAUCAACCAGAAAAUCGACUGGUGCCCCAUAAUAAUAUGGAUCUGUGGAAUGGGAACCAAGUCUUUAUUCUGGGGUCGCUUUUGUGCUUCGCCUUUCUUCUUCUAGUCAUCAUCGGUUUAAUUAUUACUUUGGUUUGUCGAAAGAAGAGAUCCGAGAAGGAUCAGGCCUACUUCCCCUCAGGCAGUGUGCAUACUGUACUGUUACAACAGCAGAAAGCGGCCUUGUUGAGUCAUCUUGGAAGUCGGGAUGUCCAGUUGAUGUGCACUCCACCUCCGGCUCCCUAUGUCUCUCUUUCCACUGGCACUGGCACUGUGAACACAAACCUUUAUCCAAACAAUUACACGCUCAAAUCCAACAAAAGUUAUGCCAGUGGAUAUUCUACGAAUCAUCGGCUUGGUGAGUAUAAUACUCUUUUAUAAAAUUUGUUUUAUUUUUUACAGGACCAUUUAAUUUCAUUUUUUAGGAUCUCGAGCUGCUUUGAUCCACGAUUAUUCAAGCUCUAAUACUUCUUCCAACGGUGGCAGUUCAAGCGGGGUAACGCCAAUAAAGAAGCCGUUAAUGCGAUGUCAUUCCCCUUCCGAAGAAUACGCUACUUUAUAUGACUGUGUUGCCGAGCAUUACAAUUCCUCCAUAACCAUCGAUGACCCCCAUUCUGGUGUUGAUCAGAGUGCAACUAUUGUUGCUGCUCAAGUCGACUCCGAUUUCAGUCGGAUUGAACUCAAGAAAUGCGGAGGCUCUGUUUCGCUGAGUGAGAAUACCUUCAACGAAUCCACGAUGGUAUAUCUGUCAGUCUCUGACGAUCUCCAGGUAGGAAAACUCUUGUCUCAAACAAUUUAAACAACUCGAUGUUAUUGUAUGUUUUUAGGACCGCCCUCAUCUCAAUCCUGGAGAGACUUGGUUGAGCAGUGUUGUGGAAUUCGGUCGAUGCGAGAAUGAGACGAACGACAUCCAACCAAAUCGACCGGUCGUCAUCACCCUGGAACAUUGCGCAUCCACUUUUCCUAAGGAUAAUUGGGACUUCUGCCUCUACACUGAUUUUGGAUCUGGCUGGGAAUUGGGAGUAAAGUUGGGAGAAGAGAACAUCAACACUCCGGUGCACGUCCAGUUGGAAAGACAGAAGUAUCACAUCAUGACCGAUCAGUUCGGCCGAUUUCUGUUGGCCGGUUCCCCAAAACGGCCCAAUGUUCCCCCCUUUAAGAGAGUUAGAAUAAUUUCUUACGCAUCAUUACCUAAAAAAGAACAUCAGAAUCUUCCCAUCAGAGUCUACAUUGUGCCUGACUCUGCAAUGGCUUUGGAGAAUGUAAGGAAACAAGAGAACGACCAGAGAGGGACGAUGAUCACAGAGUCCAAGGAGUUCCUCAUGAAUGAGUUCGGAGAUUUCUGCAUUUGUCUGGAUGAUAACACCGCCAAUGCAUCUGAUGGCUACACACUACCCUGCAACGGCAUUCGUUAUAGGGUAAGUUUGAGCAAUCUAUUAUACUAUUAUUUUUUCAGGAGAUCCCUGCCUCUCAGCAUUUAUGGUGUUCCCAAAAUGGAAUCCAAUGUCCAUUAAGCGUUCUAAUUACGAACAAAAAUAAAACAAGAUUGGCGGGGAAGAUUUCAGUCUAUCAGAAAUCAAGCGUAGCAGAGAAACAGAUCCUCGAAUUCGAUGUGAAUCCCUCAAUUCAAGUAUGUUACGCAAUUAAUUACGCAAUUUAUUUUUAGUCGGCGAAGGAUGAAUUGAGCGAUCUGUCGAAUAAGUUGGUCUCUCAGGAAUUGAAACUGACCCCAGACACGAAAAGACGGCUAGCCAGGUUGCUGGAUCCACCAGUGGAUUCGGAACAGGACUGGAGAGGACUGGCAAAAAAAUUGGGAUAUGACAGAUACCUUCAGGUAACAACUUUAAAGGCCUUUUUGUACUCUUAAUUCUAUUGCUUUCAGUAUUUUGGAACUCGUCCUGGAUGUUCAGCUACGACCCUGAUCCUCGAUCUCUGGGAAUCUGUUUCGUUCGGAUCAGAUCGGGCCCUCUUUGAUCUCCUUCAGACAAUCCGAGUUCUCGGCCGUCCUGAUGCUGCCAGUGUUCUGGAAGAGUCUCUGCCUUAA